GCGGCGGCGGCCGGAGCCUUAACGGCGGCUGUCCGCGGCGGCGUAGUGGGCUGGCCGGGGGGAGCGGGACCCUGCUGGGAUCCCCGCCGCUGCCAGCGAUGCCUCCCCCGCGGCCGCGGGCCCCGCCCGGCCGGGGGAAAGCUCCCGCCGCGGUGCCCCGCGGGUGCCGGGCGCGGCGCGGCGGCUGCGGGGCGCGGGGGGCCGGUACCCGCCGCUGAGCGGCUCCGGGGGAGCGAGAGGGCGGACGGACGGCGAUGUCCUCGCUGGUGAAGGAGGACCUGGCGAAGAGGCUGUUCGGCCCCCGUCGGCAGAGGCUGCACGAGUUCAUCGAGGUGGAGGGUUCGGGCGCCGAGCGCUGCUACCUGUGCGCCGCAGUGACUAAAAGUGAAGAAGUAGAAAUAUGUAUGGUUAAACACUUGCGGGUGGAUCGAGAGGAGAAAUAUGAAAUAGUUGAAAAGUGGUUUUUGAGAGAUCUGGAGAUGAUUGAUGGAAAAGAAGCAGAUACUGAUAAUCCAUAUUUUGAUAUGCACUUCCACAAAGUCUACAGUCUGGAAGCAUAUAGUUGUGCAUCUAAAUAUACCUUUGCUCGAACGCUAAACAAACUGAACGAAAUGUACCUUAAGAAGGACUUGAAGAUGGUAAACUUUGAUGACACCUACCUAAGUGAUGAUUCAAUCUGGUCAUCCAACAAUAGGGAUUGCUUAGUACUUAUGAGGAUAUGCUUCUAUGCUUCCAACCUUUUAUGUCUCUCCCUGUGUCCUUUGUCCUAAAGAUGCAUUUUCUAACAUUAAAGUUGACUGGUUGACUUUCACUGACCAGCAUUUCAUAAAUCAUCUGAUCAAAAAGAUAGUGAUAUGCAGUAUCUGCUUUUUAAUUUUACAUAUAAGUAAAAAAUGGAACAUACUUUUUACAUAAACAAUUGACCAUUCAUUUAUACAUGUUAGAAGGGCCUCACUCUGGCAAAUACUUACAAAUACGUCAGACUUUCAACAUAGGACCAGUAAUUCUCAUGGUCAGUGGUGAUUGCUUAUAUAAGUAGAGCUCAGCAUUUGCUCGUAUGUUCAUGGAAGUGUAAAUUAUCUUUCAUUAAUAGCUGGGAAUACUUUUAAAGCAUUAAGAGUUAAUAUAUAUAUGUCCUGGAAGUAGAAAAAAGAGCGCAAGCAAAUGAGUUCUGUACAAGAACGAUGCCCAUUUCCGUUUUACCUCUGUUAAAGAGAUCAUACCUACAUCAAUACAAGAAUCAAACCCCCAUCUUGAUGAAGCAGAGUUUUGCAUUCAGGUACCACUGGACCAACAUUUCACCUAUGCUGUUACAUUUGUUUUUCCCUCAAAACUUCUAUCUAGUAUUCCUUUUGGCCUUUCCGUUAUUUGUGGUAUCAUCUUAGAAAAUGAAUGUUCUUACGCAGAAUUGCUUUAUUUAUGUAUCCUUUCAGCACUUUUUUUCUUUCAUAACAUUAACAUCAUCUUUCUUGUACUUUUUGUAUAUGAACAAGCCCAGUUAGGGAACAGAAAUUGCUUGUUUGUCUCUUCUCUACCUCUGGACCAAGAGUUAACAAAAUACUACAUAAAAAGCAGUUGCUGGCUACUACAAUUACUUUGUAGACAAGCAAUAGACUUUUCAAAGUUUAUAGAAUUAUGAAAGUAAUUUUCACCAGUUUCUAGCUAUGUGUUAGCAUGUUCAGUGCACUACUUAAAUGUGUAUUAGUACUUAGAGUUACACUGAAUGUGGGGUGGAGCCUACUGAGUGUUUGGAAGUUCUCACCUGGAACAAAAAAUAGCAGCUGGACUUGUGACAGCAUUAUAUUACAGUAGAAACGGAGGAUGAAUUAAAGCUUUAUUGAGCAAGAGCUGAAGAGGAACAACGUUGACAAUAAGAAGCACAGUGAUAUUGCCCACUGUCAGUCAGCUAAGCCAGUUGGCCACUCUUCCCAUAGUCAAUAAAGAAAUGCCAACCCAAAAGGUCAUUCAGAGAAGCUUCUGGUCAGAAUGUCCUGCAGGAGAAAAUCUGCUUUCUCUUUUGGCAGCCAAGAGAGCACAGGGAGACUAGCUGUGGACUAAACCAGCUACAUACCUAAAGCUGACCGAUGUAAACAGCUCCCAGGAAAUCAUGAGCUGGCGAAUGUCCUCUCUCCAUACCUGCCAUCCGUAAAAUGGGAUAGUCGCGACUUGUACUUCACUGUUGUUUUUCACAUGAACUCCCACCUUUAAAACAUUUGUGUAAAUGUACUUUGGAUUCAAAAGUGAAAUAACAAAAAAAUAGGUGAGAAUAUAUUUGAAAAACUGUAUAAAAUGUACAGCUUUCCACUUUAACUUUUUAAAUGUUAUCCUAUUGCUUGUAUAUAGGAAGGGCCAGACCUUUGAUUACCUAAUCUUCACAACCUAUGUACUUAUUCUAGGCAUAUGUUGCAAAUUACAUUCAUUCUAACUCAAAACUUAGCGAUUAUGUACAUCUUGACAGUUGUGAAGGCAGUUUAUGUGGGUAACACAAAUCCUCUGGAAUUUGUGAGGACUUAAGUCUUACAUUUGCCACCUAAAUACUGUUAAAGAGAAGGACUGUAUUUGUAGUAAUUGUUUAUGAAAUGCAGUUGUUCUUUUCAGAAUGUCAUUGGGAUAAUCCAGUGCAAGUAUGUGUGUUGUAACGUUUGAUCCAUAGCUACAAGAAGUAUUUGCCCAACAUCCAGGUUCCACAAAACCAUCUUCUGUAGCAGCUAUAAAUCAGACUACUGUUAUCUAUGAUAUAUUGUCUUGUCUGGACAGUGUAUUAAUUGUAGAGGUCACAAUGUUUUCUGUAUUGUUUACAAAUUCUUUGCUUAACAUGCAAAUGGAAAUAUUUUCUCAGUGGAAAAGCUUCCAUCAUUCAUCUUGUAAUUGUAAUAAAAACAUAGAACCUCUAAUAAUAAGCACUUCAGAGCAUUCUUUUGAAAUAAAGUACAGGUAGAGUGAAUUCCUGACCAACAAUUGUCUGUAUCAUGUUAGAAACUGAUAAGCUAAACAUGACUAGAAUGUUCAACCGUAUUUAAUGGACUUGCAUCAGUAGUUAAUAUCUUUCUAUUCUUGUAUUGUAUAAACAUUAAACUGACUACAUUAGAAGACAAAUAA